AUGACAAGCAUGAUUUUGAGCACAAGAGCAGCGUCUGCAAAGAUCCGGUACUUGAUGAAGGACAUUUCGAAGCUUGUGAAGGUUGAAGAGGAGCACAAGUGGGACAUGGGGAACGAUUACCACGAGCUUAGGGAGCUGGCGCGGAUGAAUGAAUGCGACUCUGUGAUGUUUUUCCAGUCGACGAAGAAGAUGGAUGGGCUGUGGAUUGGGAUUUUGGACGGGACGUCUGUUUUUUUCAAGAUGCACAAUGUGUUUACUGUGCGUGAGUGCAAUUUUCCGGUGAAUGUGUUUGCAGACUGUGGAUAUGUUUUGAUGUUCAGCAAGGAGUUUGAGGAGAUUGAGCAUUUGAAGUAUGUGAAAGAGGUUGUUGAGCAUGUGUUCAAGUCUAAUGAGACGAAGGACAAGGCGUUGUGUUUUUUCCAUCUUGAUGGGAUGAUAUGGGUUAGAUGCUACAAGAUUGGAGAGGAAAUGGAGGAGGUUGGGCCGAGGGUUGUUCUUGAGGUAGUGAAGGUAUUUGAGAAGUGUUUUUCGGGCAAGUUUUUGUAUAAGGCGGCUAAGGAGCACACAGAUGGAAAAGCAGAUUAA